ACGCAGCGUUGCGUUGUCAAUCGGAGAGACUAUAGAAUGAGAACUGUUUGGAUAGGAUAAGCAAUUACCAAGCUCUGGAGCUCUUUGCGGUCUGUUUGGUUCUUGAGAAACGGUAGUAGAAUAGAAGACACAGGAAAUAUGGCUCAAACACUGGCAAUGCCUGUGGCACCUUCGCUAUCACUAAUAUGCAACGGUUGGAGAAAUAAUUCUCUCUCUACCUUCGUCUCUCUUCCAAUCUCAAACCCUCCUAAGAUCCAUGGUUUAAGCAUCCAGUGCGCACGUGUUGGAGGUGUGGAGAUUCCUAACAACAAGAGGGUUGAAUACUCCCUUCAGUACAUCCAUGGAGUUGGCCGCUCAAGGGCUCGCAAAAUUCUCUCUGAUCUUAGCAUGCAGAACAAAAUCACCAAGGACUUGUCUGAGGAGGAGCUCAUUACUCUUCGUGAUGAAGUGUCCAAGUACAUGAUUGAAGGCGAUUUGAGACGGUUCAAUGCUCUCAACAUAAGGAGGUUGAAGGAGAUUCAGUGCUAUAGAGGGAUAAGACAUAUUCAGGGUUUACCAUGCAGGGGACAGCGCACUAAGAACAAUUGCCGAACCUUGAAGGGUAAGAGAGUCACUGUUGCAGGGAAGAAGAAAGCCCCCCGUUAACCAUGCAGGUUCCAUUUCUUUUAUUUGGUUGGUAAAAUUAUGAUCUUAAUUCUAGUGGAAAUCACUCUGUACUCCUAACACAUUUACUUGAGUUAAUGAAAUUGAGUUUAUGAUCUCUUGAA